AUGGGAUUUCGGAGACUUCAACAUACCAAUACGGCGUUGUUGGCCAAAACUGGCUGGACAAUUUUGACAAGACCAUGUGCUCUUGUAAGCCGCGUCCUCAAGGUUAAAUAUUUUCGCAACUGUAACUUUCUUAGUGCGAGCGAGGGAUCAAAUCCUAGCUUUAUCUGGCGUUCUCUCUGUGCGGCAAAAUAUCUCCUUCAAAAGGGGUGUGUGAAAAGGAUUGGAAAUGGGCUUGAUACACGGGUCUACCAUGAUCCAUGGCUACCAACGGGGCAAUCCAUGUUUAUACAAAGUAUCCCAGAUGAUGAGAACAUGAAUCUUUGUGUGGCAGACUUGAUAGAUGAAGCUAUAAAAACAUGGAAUUUGCAGCUCUUGGAAACUGUCUUUUCUGCUGAGGAGAUAAAUUGUAUCAAACACAUUCCUUUGGUAUUCAAUCUCUGUGAUGAUACUUGGAUGUGGAAGUUAGAUAGAAAAGGAAACUACACUGUUAAGAGUGGCUACUUGGUGGUACAAAAUCAUAAUCUUCAGAGUUCGGAUGGUAACACUUGGAAGAAACUCAGGACCUUAAAAAUGCCAGCAAAGGUCUUAAAUUUUGCUUGGCGGGCAUUGAAAGGAGUUUUACCUACUGGUGAAAAUUUAUUCUCUAAAAAGGUUCUCCAAAGUAAUAUUUGUCCAGCAUGCCUUCAAUAUGCCGAAUCUAUCAUGCAUUGUUUAGUUAUGUGCACUGCGGCAAAACUAGUAUGGCUUAAAUCUUCUAUGGGGUGGCGGCCAGUGGGAGCCUCGUUCAUGGAAUGGUUCACGGCACUAGUAGCAGCUGUCACAAAGGAAAAACUGCAGGAGGCUAUAAUGCUCCUAUGGGAGAUCUGGAAUGCCCGCAACAAUUUGGUGUGGAAUGGCAAAACUAUGCGGCCAGAGACUAUCAUUCUUAGAGCCAGUCGUUUCUGGAAAGAGUGGACUUCAACGCGAUCUGAUAAUAAUAUUUAUUCUGUGGCUAGGCCAGAAUUUGUUGUUAAGUGGUUUCCCCCUGAUCCGGGUACGCUGAAAUGCAACAUUGACGCUUUCUAUGAAGUUAACUCUGGAAGGGCAUGGGCUGGUAUGUUGAUUCGAGACACUCAUGGAAAUUUUGUUCGAGGUUUUAGCACUUUAUUGGGAGCUUCACAUGAUGCAGUAAUAGCUGAAAUUCUAACCGUUCGUGAAGCCUUGAGCUGGUUGAAAAUGCAGCAUCACAGAUCCCCUAUUACUAUUGAGAUGGAUUGUCUUUUGGCAAAGCAAGCUCUGGAAAGAUCCGAUAGUGGCAACUCUUAUUUUGAUAUUAUUGUACAAGAUUGUAAAGAGCUCAUGCGCGACUUUACAUCUAUUUCUUUGUACUUUGUUAAAAGGUCAGCAAAGCAGCGUGCCCAUAUGUUAGCAAGGGCCGCGAGUUCCAUGUCUGAUGCGAUGGAAUGGAUUGUGCAUCCCCUAUCUUUGAUUCAUGAUGUAAUAACUUCUGAUAUGAAUAAUAUCUGA